AUGGAUGUCUACGUGGCGGGCGCAUUUGCCGCCUUUACGGUGGAUAUGCUGAUAUACCCAUUUGAUACGCUCAAAACGAGACGACAGAGCCAGGAUUACCUCAAGGUCUAUACGCAGAGCGGCAAAAAUAGUGCACUGGCGUUACGAGGAUUAUACCAGGGCAUUGGAAGCGUCGUACUGGCUACGCUGCCGGCUGCUGGCGUCUUCUUCUCCACGUACGAACUAUCCAAGACGGCCUUUGCAAAGUCAUCGCUCCUGCCCUUGCCUGUGGUGCACUCUGUCGCUUCUGCCACAGCCGAGGCGGCGUCCUGCCUGGUGCUGACACCCGCGGAGCUGGUCAAGCAGCAUGCACAAAUGAUGCGAUCGCAAGGCGGCGGUGGCGGCCAAAAGGCAGGCUCAACAUCGCUCAAGGCGUUUCGCGCACUAUACCAAGCCGGCGUCGGGCGACGACUCUUCACCGGGUACACGGCGCUUCUGGCACGAAACAUGCCCUUGACGGCCACGCAGUUUCCCAUCUUUGAGCACUUGCGCUCGCGCUUGUGGGCGACGAGGCCGCCACGAAGGGAGCGAGGGCUGCGGCAGCGCAUCUUGGAGACGGGCGCGAUCGCGGGCUUGAGCGCGGCCGCGGCGGGAGGCCUGGCGGCGUUCAUCACGACCCCCAGCGACGUGGUCAAGACGCGGAUGAUGCUUUUGACGGGGAGUAGCAACGGCAGCGAAGCUUUCGACAAAGGUGGUCAAGGUCGAAUGGUGGCGGAGCAACAGCCCUGGCGAGUGGCAAAACAAAUCUAUCGGGAGAGGGGAACAAAAGGCUUGUUUCGAGGGGGUGGCCUGCGGUCAGCGUGGACGGCGGUUGGCAGCGGGCUGUAUCUCGGGACGUAUGACGCUGCAAAGCUUUGGCUGACUGGUGGCGAGGAUGGGCAUGCAAACUCUCCCUGA